GCUAGUCUGCUGCAGGGUAGUAUAUGUGAAACAAAGAUCCCAUUUGAAUGCAUGACUCAGUCUGAAACAUCCAAAGUGGUAGUGAGGUUCAAUGGCAAAUCUAAACAUUUGUCAACACUUGAAAAAUAUUCCUUUGGACAGCAUGGAUUUGCUGGAAUCUAGAGUUCAGAACACUUGCAAAGAACAGCGCUUUAUUUUUUAAAGCAUUAAUUACCUGGAUUGGUUGCAGCGAUGGCUAGCAAAAGAAAAUCCACAACUCCUUGCAUGAUACCGGUAAAAACAAUGGUGCUGCAGGAGAGGGAAUCAGAUGCUGUGGAAGAUAAUCAUGAAGGAACUCAACAGCACAUGCCUCCUGAACCUCCGGAAGCUGGUGAUGCUGUUAUUAACAAUAGCAGCAAUAAUGCAACAUUGUAUAAUGGGCAUCGCAGUAUUAUGGAUGGUGAUACGUACUUGUGUAAGUAUUGCGAUUUUGGAUCUCAAGAUGUUAAUCAUUUCUUUGGACACAUGGAUUCUGAGCACUUAGACUUCAGCAAAGACCCCUCGUUUGUAUGUGUUGAGUGCAGUUUUCUGGUACAAAGCCACAAAGGGCUUUUGCAUCACAAUGCCGAGUGCCACAGUGGUGAAACUAGCUUCCUCUGGAAUGUGGCUAAGCAGGAUAAUCAUACGACAGUGGAGCAGAGUAUCUCUAAUGCCACCAGCAACCAAGACCUUCCAGGAGAAUUCUGUGACGAGGGGGUAGAUGGUCAAGCUGAAAUCAUCAUCACCAAAACUCCCAUUAUGAAGAUAAUGAAAGGUAAGCCCGAGACCAAAAAAAUUCACAUGCUGAAGGAGAAUGUAUCAAAUCAGCCAGGCAAUGACUUGGCGAUGAAAAAUGGUGACCAUUCAUUCACCAAUGGGUCUUUGCCAGCCAGCCAGUCAACGGCCAGCUCAGCAAAAUCAUCUCACAUAGUCAAUGGCUCCAUAUUAGGAAACGUGCCUGUUUUGCAGGCAGGCGUUGCACAACUUGUGUCAUUGCAGCAGCAGCAGCAGCCGCAGCUGCACCAGGACCUACCCACGUCCAAAUCCCUUCCUAAAGUGAUGAUUCCUCUGAGCAGCAUUCCCACAUACAAUGCAGCCAUGGAUUCCAACAGCUUCCUGAAAAAUACCUUCCAUAAGUUUCCCUAUCCUACAAAAGCUGAGCUUUGCUAUUUGACUGUCGUGACCAAGUACCCAGAAGAGCAGCUUAAGAUCUGGUUUACUGCCCAGAGGUUGAAACAAGGCAUUAGCUGGUCCCCAGAGGAGAUAGAAGAUGCACGGAAAAAAAUGUUCAACACGGUUAUUCAGUCUGUACCGCAGCCCACUAUCACAGUUUUAAAUACACCUCUAGUUGCAAAUACGAGCAAUGUCCAGCAUCUCAUUCAGGCCACUCUGCCUGGUCACAUGGUCGGGCAACCAGAAGGAACGGGAGGGUUACUCGUUACACAACCAGUAAUGACAAAUGGAUUAAAAGGAAGCAGCUCGUCUCUCACGUUAGCAGUGACAUCUAUUCCCAAGCUCCAACCCAUUACACAACACAAUAAUGCGUGUUCGAGCAGCGCAUCAGCUGUGAAGGUGGUCAACACAGCUCAGUCUCUGCUGACUGCAUGCCCAAGCAUAUCUUCACAAGCUUUCAUGGAUCCCAGCAUCUACAAAAAUAAGAAGUCCCACGAGCAGCUGUCUGCACUGAAAGACAGCUUCUGCAGGAAUCAGUUCCCUGGCCACACUGAAGUUGAGCAUCUGACCAAAAUUACAGGCCUUACUACUAGGGAGGUUCGAAAGUGGUUUAGUGAUAGGAGAUAUCAUUACAGGAAUAUGAAAGGCAGUAGAGCCAUGUUUGCUGGAGAUAAUACAAUAAUUAUUGACUCCGUGCCUGACAUUACCUUCACUGUGUCACCAAAAGAGAUUGACUUAACCUCUACGACACCAGCCAUGCCUGUGGCUCAUCACCAAACAAGGCGACAGUCCUGGCAUCAAACGCCCGACUUCACCCCAACGAAAUACAAAGAGAGAGCACCAGAGCAGCUCAAGGCUUUGGAAGGCAGUUUUGCACAAAACCGUUUUCCUCCAGAGGAAGAAGUGGACCGUUUGAGGAGUGAAACAAAAAUGACCAGGAGAGAAAUUGAUAGCUGGUUUUCAGAGAGGAGGAAAAAAAAGGCGAUGGAGGAAAAUAAAAAAGCAGAAGAAAUGGUCCAGCAAGAGGAGGAGGAUGCUGACAAUAAUUGUGGAGAAGAGGAAGACUCCUCAGAUGAACUGAGGGUCUCAAGAGAAAAUGGUUCAUUAGACACCCCAAGCAGCAAUCAAACUUCACUGGAGCGGAAAGUUAGUCCUAUUAAAAUCAAUCUGAAGAAGCUUAGAGUGACUGAGUCAAAUGACAAAAAUGAAUUGCCAGAGGUAGGUGCAAAUGAACAAGGGGACAACAGUUCUAGCAGGCCACCUACCCCCGCAAAAACCAAACUGAACUUCAAAAAAACAGCCCAACAGCGGCAUUUGCUUAAACAAAUGUUCGUAAAGACACAGCGACCAACAAAUCAAGAAUAUGACGCCAUAGUUGCUCAGACAGGCCUGCCCCGGGCUGAGAUAAUUCGUUGGUUUGGGGACAGCCGGUAUGGGUUAAAAAAUGGCCAGCUGAAAUGGUAUGAGAACUACCGGCGGGGUAUCUUCCCUCCAGGCUUAGCGGCGAUCAGCCCAGCUAGCAAAGAGAUCCUAGAGGACUAUUACAAAAAGCACAAGAUGCUGUAUGAAGAUGACCUUCAGAGUUUGUGUGAGAGAACUCAACUGAAUUCACAGCAGGUUAGGGUGUGGUUUGCUGUAAAGGCGGACGAAGAAACCCGGACUGUGUCUGACACGGGAAGCGAAGAUCGAUACUCGGGCACGGGUGAACAAGCAGGAAGCCAAAAAGGGACAUGCGAUGCCAGUUCGGAGGUAUCUGAGAAUAGCGAAUCUUGGGAGCCCAGUGGCCAGGAAGGCCAUUCGGAACUCUUUGAUACAUUUAGCCAGCAACCUGCAGUUCAGCUUGAAACAGAUUGACCUUAAACUUCCAGCUCUGAAGGAUCUGCGAUUACAUUUGAGAAGAGUGUAAAUCCAUGGGCCUGAUACAAAUCUCAGUAGCAGGGAGUGGUGGUGUAAAAGCACUGCUGUAAUGAGACCUUUCAGUACAGCACAUCAGAGAGGGAGAGCAAGAGAAUUGGGCUCUGCAGUGCCUUCUGCAGCCUAAUCUAGAAUUUUACUCACCAGCUGGCCAAAGCAGGGCAUCAGUAAGAUCUUCUCACUCUUGUGACGUAGGAUGCUGUUGUUUCCUUUCAGAUUUCAUAUUCAUAUAAUGGAACCAACUUUUGACAUGCAGACAGCCGCCUCGACAAGCGUAAUGAAUUUUGGACAUUGAUUGUGUAAACGUAUUUUUUGCAUAGAAAUGGACUAUCAUGGCACAAUACAUUUUUAUCUUCAGCUGUUUGUAAUAUGUUUGUUCUCUAACGGUUGGCAGUGUUGCAUACAUCCCCGACUCUUGGGUCGCUAGAUCAGGGAAUGGUGGAUACCAUCAUGAGUGUCAGUGUGUGUGUCAGAGCAAGAGAGGAGAAGAUCCGAGAAGCAACAUGCCAGUCUUCGUAUCAAGAACAGGAUGAAUUCAGUGGGGGGGAUGUAGAUUUCUUUCGCUGGGGAUAGGGGUGGAAUAAGCUAUUGUACACCCUCCAAUAUCCAGUGGGGGUCGGGAUCCUGCAAAGGUCAGGAGAUAGAGUUGGAUAUAAUCUGUCCCCCUACUGCCUGGAGUAAUUUUAUUUCUUUUACGCGAGGCAGUGGAAUGUAACACAGCCGAUUACUCUCCAAGCCUCACGUUAAUUACUGAGAACUAGCACUUAAUGUUUCCAUCCUGCCCUGGAACCCCUUUCAUUGUUUAUAUAGAGAACAAACUGUUCUUCAGAGAACAAAUACAGACAAAAAAUUGGCUUUCUGCUAACGUUUCAAGUCAUCCUUGUCUAGUAGGCCUCCAUUAGGCAGGCAACCAGUUUUAUAGACAGGAAGCUUGCUUGUUACAACACUAGUUGAAUUAGAUUCCUUCUCUUGUCCCACUGUGCUAAUGCUGUUAACCUACACUCAUUGGUCCAGGUCACCUUCCUAGUUCUCCAACUGUAGUCCUGUCUUUCUGUGAACUAGACAAUAAAUACGUUGCAAACUAGUUUUUAGUUAUCUGGUAUAUUAAGUGCUCACUUAAUUAUAUCCCUUUUUAAUAUGUAUAUGUCUACAAUGUCUUGGGCCAUUACUGCCUUAAAGCAGCUUCUUUAUUAUUUUUGAUUCUACUGUAAUUGUUCUUAAUGUGGAAGGCUUUAUUCUCAGUGAUAGGAGAUAUUUAUUAAAUGGGUGAGUUUCAAGCUCUAAGUGACCUGAUCCAGUGUCAGUUUGUAAAGAGGGGUUGGUAUUUUUAAAUCUCUCCUGGCGUCUCUUCCAAAGGUAGCAUUUGAUUUCUACCUUAAGUCAUCUUCUUGAAUAGCAUUCCCCUUUCCUCGUGCCCUUAUUUAGAAGGCCUCACUAUUCAGUAAUUAAGACGAGUAGCUCUCUUUAGUCAUAGCAUUGUUCGGGAACACAAGGACUCUAGCAGGACACCUACACCUGUUAGUUCAGUCGGUGGCAGUUCAGAGAACCGCGUUGAUAGAAUAGCAUUUCUCCUUAUGCAGAAGACAGCAUUGCAACUGUACAGGUCACAUUAAACCUUUGUUAGAGGCAUACCAGCAACAGUAACCAGCCUCUCAAUGGUGUGAGCUCAACAUUUGCAAGGCUGAGCUCCUACGUUCUGAUGAGCCGAGAUGUCUGUUCCACAAUGGCUGCUGGUGCCUCUAUUUACAUAGUCCCCGCAACUGUCAUCUUGUAUACCCUGAAACAGCAAGAGAUGGGAGGGAGAAGAACUAGAAAUGUCUAGCACUGACCAUUACUCUUGAUGCUACUGCUGGGAAUCUGGUGACCCAAGAGUAUGGCUGCAUGUACAGUGUUAA